AUGGCCGACACGGACCACAUCCGGACCGUGCAGAGCCACCUCCAGCGCGGCGAGAAGGAGGCCCGCGCAGCGCUCGAGGCGUCGCUCAAGGACAACCUGGCGUGGAUCACGCUCUUCUCGACGGCGGCCAAGAAGGAGCUCCGGCGGCCAUCCAUCAAUGCCAAGAAGCGACGGCUCGUGCUCGACCUGGCUUCGGACGACGAC